GUCUUGUUCGCGAUUCCUCAUUUCCGUGUCCACUUGGCCAACCGUCUUCCAUACUACAUUGAUCAGGCCUUGGUCGGGCUCACAGCCUACCCACCCAAUCUGCCUGUUUGUCAGUUUCUACUGCAAUUAGCCAAACUUGGUCAUGCACUUACCUCCGGACUUCACUCGUGGCGCCCACUUACUGCUGAGGAAAUUGAGGCGGCCGAAAAGGUUGACGGUGCCUCCGUGCCUAGAAAUCCAGGUUGGCUUCUAUUAAUUUGGAUAAUUGAUUUAGAAAUACUAUUUUGUAGCAAUCCUUACUAA